AUGAGUGCCAUUAUCACACCAUUCAAGAGAUUGAAAUGGGGUUUUUUACCUCAAAGGAGAAUUGUUGAUGAAGAUGAGUUUGGUAAUUUCAUAGAUUCUGGUGAAGAUUCAAUAAAAUCAUCUGAAAAAGAAGAAAUAUCAGAAAAAGUUUCAGAUACUAAGAUUUUUGAAAAAGAAAGCCCUGAAGAUAAAAUUUAUGAAUAUAGGGAUGAAAAAGAUAGACCAUGGUGGAAAUUUUUUGAUGAAUAUGAAUAUAGAGUUCAGACCAAAGUUAAGAAAAAUAGAAAAUGGUAUCAUUGGUUUCAUGAUGAUGAUACAUAUGAAGAGAAAAAAUUAAUUUUAAAACUUGACUUAUUACUUACUUUUUACCUGAUGGUUGCUUAUUGGAUUAAAUACCUCGACACUGUGAAUUUAACAAACGCCUAUAUUAGUGGUUUAUAUUUGCCUAAGGAUCAAGGUGGUAUUAAUAUGGUGAAAAAUGAUUUAAUUAAUACUCAAACGGUUUUUAAUGUCGGAACAGUGGUUUUUCAACUUGCAGCUGUUAUAGUCGUUUAUGAAUAUCCAUUGACAUAUAGUCUUCCUAUUUCAGAUAUGUUAUGGUCAAUAUUAACUAUUGUAACGGCUGAAGUAAAGUCAGUUGGUGGACUUCAAGCCGUCAGAUUUUUAAUUGGUGUUUGUGAAAGUCUUUUCUACCCUGCUUAUCAUUCAUUACUCGCCGGCUGGUUCAUUCCUACAGAAUUAAAUCGUAGAGCAGGCCUAUAUUAUAUCGGGCAAUUUUUAGGUGUUCUUAGCUCUGGUUUAAUAUCGGGUGGUAUAGAAAAUGCCUUUGGAAAUACUCCCGGUCAAGUUUGGCGUUGGAUUUUUCGUAUAGAUGGAAUAGCAAGUUUUGUGGUCGGUAUUUUGGGUUUAUAUAUGCUCCCAGGCACUCCAAGUGAUUGCUAUAGUAUAUUUUUAACUGACGAAGAUAUAAGAGUUGCUAGAAGAAGAAUGAAGAGAGCUAAUGUUGGUUCAAAACCUAGAAAAGACGCACUAAAAAAAUUUUUUGAUAAAAAUGUUUGGAAGUCAAUUUUUUCAACUUGGCACUUUUAUGUUUUAUCAAUAUGGUGUAUAUUCUUGUGGAACAAUACAUCAGGACCACAAGGGGCGUAUCCAUUAUGGUUAAAAUUUAAAACAAGAGAAGAUGGCACACCUAGCUUCACUGGCAGUAGAUUACAAAAUUUUACAAGUUUAACUCCAAGUUUGGGAAUUUUGUAUCUUAUCUUAGUUUGCUGCUAUGCUGAUUUUUUCCAAAGUAGAUGGAGUGCUAUAGUUAUAUCCCAAAUCUUUAAUUUUGUGGGAAAUUUGUUGUUAGCUAUUUGGAAUAUACCAGAGGGGGCAAAGUGGUUCGCUUGGGUCCUCCAAUAUUGGUCAUGGUCAGCUGCCCCAGUUGUUUAUGCUUGGCAAGGGGAUAUAUGUCGUUUUGAUUUCAGGAAAAGACAAGUUUUAUUAUUUUCAAUGAAUAUCAUAGCUCAAACGUUUUCAGUUUGGAUUACACGGUUAACAUGGUCUACAGUUGAAGCCCCAAGAUACUUAAAAGGUUUUUCAUUUAUCACAGCUUCAACUUUUGCUUUAAUAGUGUGGACAUUUUUAGUAUUAUAUCUUUAUAAAAAACAAGAACGGGAACAUGCAAAGGAAAACGGUAUUAUUUUGUACAAUUCAGAUAAGGAUGGUGAAGUUGCUUCUGAGAUUGUUGAUGGCAAAGUUGAUAAAUUUCAUUCUUUAUAG